AUGAGCACAAUGGUACCCGUCCUGCUGUCGCUCCUGCUUGCUGUGGGUCCUGCAGUCUCCCAGGACACUCAGGACGGGCCUUAUUCUCUGACCUACCAGUCCAGUGGGAUCUCCGAGCCCAAGGAGGGCUUCUCCAGUUUCCAGGCAACUGGCUACCUCAACGACCAGGCCUUCUUCCACUACGACAGUAAAAGUGAAAAAGCUGAGCCCCUGGGCCCGUGGAAACAGGUGAAAGGAAUGGAGGACUGGGAGGAACUAAGUAAACUUCAGAAGGCCAGGGGGGACUUCUUCCUGAAGAACCUGAGAGACAUCAUGGGCUACUACAAGGACACAGGGAAUCACACCAUGCAGGAAAAGCUUGGCUGCAAACUUCGGAAUAACAGCUACGAUGGGUCUGUCUGGACGGUUGCCUAUGACGGGCGGGACUACAUCAGGUUUGACACAGAAAUCCCGGCCUGGAUCCCCCUGCAACCAGAAGCCCUGAACACCAAGGUGAAGUGGGAGACAGAGGGCUCCGUGCACCGGACCAGGGCCUACCUGGAAGAAGAGUGCCCCCAGAAGCUGCGCAAGUACCUGCAGUACAGCAGGCCCUUCCUGGACCGGCAAGACCCUCCCUCAGCCUCAAUCACCAGCAAUGUGGACCCAGGAAGCAUCAGGACCCUCAAGUGCCUGGCCUCCAACUUCUACCCACAGCCAAUCAGUCUGUACUGGACUCAGGCAGACAGUGUGGUGGAGACUGACUCAUGGGGAGAGGGUCCCAUCAGUGAGAAUGGCACUUACCAGUCCUGGGUGCUGCUGAAAAUCCCCUCUUCAGACAAAGGCCCCUACUCCUGCCACGUGCAGCACAGCAGCCUGGCCCAGCCCCUCACUGUCCCGUGGAAUGCUGGGCACUGA